UUUUAUUCUUCGCCCACACCCAGUGUUUAUUGUACAUUACAUCCUAGUCAUCCAUGGUUGUCACUCACAGUAAUCGUCUCUGCUAAAUCAUCCUCUUCAACUGAAACCUAAAAGGGUCAGUGUGUUAACAUUGAUGAACAAUCAAUACUAUGAAGGCCAUUGUUUGUGGAUUUCCCAGUAGUUGUUGUUCAGGUUUGGUUCCUACAUGUCAAUCUAAACAACUGUUUAGGAAUUGGAGAUACAACGAAACCCGAUUUAAAACCAAUAAUUCCAUUCAGCUUUGUUCAAAGAUUUAUAGGAAGAGAAUUCAGUAUAAUCCAGUUAAUUCUUCAAGCACGAAGAAAAUUUUGUCAGUAAGGAGUGAUAAUUAUCAGUUGAGCUAUGAAGACGAGUUGCCUCAAGAAUCUUAUUGGCUAAGGUUUAUUAAGGAAGCCAUAUGGGCAACAAAAUCACUCUUCAUAUUUCUUGUUGAGCAGCCGAGUCAACUAAAGUACAUAGAAUGGCCGAGCUUUCAAAGUACGCUGAAGACUGCCGUCCUUACCCUUGUUAUUGUGGCACUGCUAAUCGUUGCGCUAUCAUCAGUUGACGCAGUUCUGUGUUAUCUCUUGGCUAUACUUUUAAGGAGGCCUGCCUGAUAGAUGAACUGAGAUUUGUUAUUCAUAAUUGUAUGUACAGAUUUUUGAAUUGUGUUUAUGGAACCAAUUCUGAUUUGUGUGCGACCAAAAAGUUGUAUGUCUAUGUCUAUUCACUAAUGGUUAAUCACUGUGUGAUUUGAGA